UCGCACGUUAUCCAUCGCCUGGUGCAAGAUACCGUCACUCUGCCACCUCUGGGAUCUUCCUUUAUAUAGACAAGAGACCGAACAAAACCACUUCACUCAAAGCGGACCCGCAUUUUUCCUCUUUUUCUUCUUACCCCCGCUCUCUUCUCUCGCCCCCGGGUCAGGCUUAACCGUCCCUUGUUUUGUAAAGCUGAUUGUUAGCGCGCAUCAUCGCGGGAGCCAAAAAGAGGUUUGCCACUUGUUCCAUUGGAGAUCGCAGGCUGUUGGAGAGUCAUGACAGCCGAGAAGAGCGGGCCUGUUAUAAACGGUAAACCAGAGGAUGGCAGAGAUCCGGAAGGGUCCAGCUCCAGCCUGGACAAAGGGGAGUACAACGAGAGAGGCCACUGGAACAACAAGAUUGAGUUUGUCCUGUCUGUGGCUGGAGAGAUCAUUGGACUGGGCAACGUCUGGAGGUUCCCGUACCUCUGCUACAAGAAUGGAGGAGGUGCAUUCUUCGUUCCGUAUGUCAUCUUCUUUGUGUGCUGCGGUAUCCCCGUGUUCUUCCUGGAGACCGCCCUGGGUCAGUUCACCAGUGAGGGAGGGAUCACCUGCUGGAGGAAGGUCUGCCCGCUGUUUGAGGGUAUUGGCUAUGCAACCCAGGUGAUUGAAGCUCAUCUAAAUGUGUACUAUGUGGUGAUCCUCGCCUGGGCCAUCUUCUACCUCUUCAACUGCUUCACCACUGAGCUGCCUUGGGCUGGCUGCGGGCACUACUGGAAUACAGAGAACUGUGUUGACUACUAUGGAGAAAAUGCCACCAACAUCACAAAUCCCAACGCGACCUCUCCUGUCAUGGAGUUCUGGGAACGCAGAGUGCUGAAGAUAUCAGAUGGCAUCGAGCACAUUGGGGGGAUGCGCUGGGAGCUGGCCAUGUGUCUGGCCCUGGCCUGGUUCAUCUGCUACUUCUGCAUCUGGAAGGGGCCCAAGUCUACUGGCAAGGUUGUGUAUGUGACAGCCACAUUUCCCUAUGUCAUGCUGUUGAUCCUGCUAAUCAGAGGAGUAACGCUGCCAGGAGCCUACGAUGGCAUCAAGUUCUACCUCUACCCGGACAUCUCCCGUCUCUCAGACCCUCAGGUAUGGGUGGAUGCAGGAACUCAGAUCUUCUUCUCGUAUGCCAUCUGUUUGGGCUGUCUCACUGCUCUCGGCAGUUACAACGCCUACGACAACAACUGCUACAGAGACUGCAUCAUGCUGUGCUGUCUGAACAGCGGCACCAGCUUCGUGGCAGGUUUCGCCAUCUUCUCGGUCCUGGGCUUCAUGGCCUACGAGCAGAACGUUCCCAUCGAAGCUGUGGCAGAAUCUGGUCCCGGUCUGGCCUUCAUUGCGUACCCCAAGGCUGUUACUAUGAUGCCUCUGUCUCCGCUGUGGGCGUGUCUCUUCUUCAUGAUGCUCAUCUUCCUCGGCCUGGACAGUCAAUUUGUGUGUGUGGAGAGCUUGGUGACAGCCGUGGUUGACAUGUACCCCGAGACCUUCAGGAGAGGCUACCGCAGAGAGCUGCUCAUUCUCGGCAUGUCUGUGGUGUCCUUCCUCAUAGGACUCAUCAUGUGUACAGAGGGAGGGAUGUAUGUCUUCCAGUUGUUUGAUUCGUAUGCUGCCAGUGGGAUGUGUUUGCUGUUUGUGGCCAUUUUUGAAUCCAUAUGUAUCGGCUGGGUGUAUGGAAGUGACAGGUUCUACCUAAAUAUUGAGGACAUGAUUGGCUACAAGCCUGUGUUCUUCAUCAAAUGGUGCUGGAUGAUCCUCACCCCGGGCAUCUGUGCUGGCAUCUUUCUGUUCUUCCUGAUUAAGUACAAACCCCUGAAGUACAACAAUGUGUACAUCUACCCUGACUGGGGCUACGGUAUUGGCUGGUUCAUGGCCAUGUCGUCCAUGGUCUGCAUCCCCCUGGGUAUCAUCUGGAUGAUCUGGAAGACUCCUGGCACCUUCACUGAGAGAAUGAAGAAACUGACCACACCCAGCCCAGACCUGAAAAUGAGGGGGAAACACGCCGCCCUCAGUCCUUAUGCUGCCAAUGACGCAAAACUAAAGGGUGAUGGAAAAAUAUCCACCAUCUCAGAGAAGGAGACACAUUUCUAACUGACCACCUGACUGACCGACCAAGCUGCCUGUCACCCACACAGACGCAACAACAAAACCACAAAACAACAACAACUGCAUUAUCCACCACCACAAGAAACAGAAAGUUAAAUAAAUGACUCGGAGUGUUAUAUUUUGUACAAAAAAAAUGAGGAAAAAAAAGGAAAAGUUAUCACAUGAUUAUGUAGUCUGUUUCUGUUUUGCACAAACUUUGAUAACACAUUUGUUGUUUUAACAUGACUAAGUCAGUUGUUUCUGUCUUUUUUUUUUUUUUUUUUAACUAUUAAUAUUUUAAAAUCUGUUUGACAUAGUUGGUUGAAGUUGUCCUGGUACCUUGUCAGUGUUGGUCACACUAGUGUCUGUGCCUUUAGAACAAAAGCAAUGUGUUGUGCUGUAAAAGGUUUACACUUGUAUUGGCAAAGUGCUGUAUCUCCCUAUUAAGUACUAGGUACACAAAAUGUGACUAAUAUGUAGCAGCUUGGGGACCAUUCUAGGUAGUUUUGUGUGUUAAGGGAGGAUAUUCUGUCCUAGUACUAAAGCUAUAGGAGGGCACUGCGUACCCCUCCGAGUAAAACCUCGAGUUGUAUUAUUGAAAGAGUUCUGCUUUUUAAAUCAUGGACGCCGUACAAAAACGCUGUGACUCUGAGGGGUGUGGAAUCUGUCUGGGCCUCCUGCAAGUCUUCCUUGCUGGAAUCGCAUUAUGUUGCUAGUGGCACUGACAAAAUCUCACAUUGCAUGGCUUAAGUGGCAACGUAAGAUUACUAAAUAUCUAUUUAAGAAAUACUGGCCCAAGCCUACAGUGCAUCUCUUUCAAAAGAGAUGUCUAUUCUUCUUUGGCAACAUAAAGAGUUCCAGAAGGUAAACAUGUCUGCAAAACUGAUCCCCUCAGUUUUAGGAUCCUUUAAUUCUACAUCUCUAGGUUUGAACUGCCAGGCUUCAUACUACUACAAAUAGCUCUGACUGACUCGCAGGCUGAGUCUGAAACUGUCUCUCUCUCCCCUAGCUGCCCUUCUGUAAGUCGUGGAUCUCUGUCAUUUCACAGCAAUUAUGCUGAGCCUAACGCAGAGUGACAAACAGAUGUGCUUCCACCCCUGCAUUUUUAUUUCCUGCUCCGCCUGUAGAGAAGAAGAUGGACGUCCAUCAGAUGAACAUUUCAAAACCUAUCUGUCCCCUUAUCUGCACC